AUGACAAUUACUCUUAGAUGGGGAGUCCUUGGUGCCGGGAAUAUUUCGUCUCAAUUUGCGGGAGAUUUAGUGCUGAAUAAUACAACUCCAAACCAUGAGAUUAAUCAUGUCAUUGAAUCAAUUGGUUGUUCAAGCAAAGAUAAGGGUGAAGCUUUCGUUGCCAAGUUAGAGAUUUCAAAGAACAAUAACUGCGGAGUUGAGCCUGUGAUUGAACCUUAUGAUAAUUUUUUCAAAAACUCUAACAUUGAUAUUGUAUAUGUGGGAACCAUCCACCCCUUACACAAGGAACAUGUAACAGCUGCUCUUGAAAACGACAAGCACGUUUUGUGUGAGAAGCCAAUGACAAUGAAUUCAAAAGAUACGAAACAACUAAUUGACUUAGCAAUUAAAAAGAAAAAAUAUCUUAUAGAAGGAGUCUGGACUAGAUUUUUUCCAGCAAUUGGAGCCUUGAGAAAAUAUAUAUUUGAAGAGAAGGUAAUUGGUGAGGUUAGCAGGCUAUUUGCAGACUUCAGUUAUAAUGCUCACUUUGAAAACAUGCCACUGUCUACAAGAAGCAGGAACAUUAAUUUAGGUGCGGGUUCAUUAUUGGAUAUUGGCAUCUAUUCUGUGACAUACGCUAGACUCUUGCUUGAUUCGAAAGCUGCCCCCCACCAGACAAAUUUCAAAUUAAAAUCGCUUAUGACGAUUGACCCUGAAGAUGGUGUUGAUCAUAGCUCGUCUGUCUUAAUCCGAUAUGAUAAUGGAAAGCAAGGAAUUUUAACCUGCUCAGAGUACGUUCAAGGACCACAACCGUUUUUAAGACUUGAAGGUGCGAAGGGUCACGUCGAGAUGCAUGGAGCAAACCCAGCGAGAGCUGUAAAGUUUCGCAUCAUUUUCGAUGAUGGUUCUAAAUCCAUUGACUACGAGGACUCGUCUGACUUCACGGGUUUUAUUUACGAGGCAGACGCGAUAGCGAGAGACAUUGACAGUGGAAAGCUUCAAAGUUCAAUAAUGCCACACGCUGAAACGUUAUUGGUGGCAGACAUGUUGGAUUCCAUCAGGCAAGAAAAUGGCCUAGUCUAUCCUCAAGAUAACUAG